UAUCAACAAGGUGGCAACAUACCAUCGCUCCACACACAUGAAAAUAUUAAGCAAAAUGUUUAAAAAUAAAACAAAGCGUAACGGCUGCAGUUUAAAUUAAACUCAUAUUUGAAUUAAAACAUAGAGGCAGGGCUAACUCAUACAUAUCAAACCAAUUCUUUUGUACAAAAUCAACCAACCGUAUACUGUUGUUAACGUCAACACCGUCACUGCCGCCACAAAUACAAAUACACAAACAUUAUCAUCAACAUCAAUUGUAUAUUAAACAUUUUGCUCGGCCUGCGGAACUUGGCCCAUUUCUGCGGAUCGCCAGAAUUGGAAACUAUAUCAGUACGCUUUGUACAUUUCGUCGUGGCGCUCGUGAGGAACAACAACGCAAAGAGCAACGAGUGCUCGAAAUGAUUUUGUCACACUUUGGUAGCCUGAUGCUGGCACAACAACCGUCGGCCCAAUUAGUUUAUCAGUUAAGGCGAUAUGCGUUAUAUUAAACCGGAGCCGUACUAUGAGGGGCUUCCACCGUUCAAUGUUUCUGGCAGUCCGUUCAAUGUGGUGCCAAUACACAACGCUCCCGAGCUAAUGAAGGAUACAUGCGCGCUCAUCAACUCCGAAUGGCCGCGCUCCGAGACUGCACGCAUGCGCUCUCUGCAAGCUUCUUGUGAUACUCUGCCUUGCAGCCUGGUCCUGACCACGGAGGGAAUGUGCCGUGUGAUAGCGCACUUGAAGCUGAGUCCCAUCACAUCCAAAAAGAAGGCUUGCUUUGUGGAGUCUGUUGUUGUGGACAAGACGUAUCGUGGCCAAGGCUUUGGAAAGUUGAUAAUGAAGUUUGCCGAGGACUAUUGCCGUGUGGUGCUCGACUUAAAUACCAUUUAUUUGUCGACCAUCGAUCAGGAUGGUUUCUACGAACGCAUUGGGUAUGAGUACUGUGCACCUGUUUCUAUGUAUGGACCGCGCCACUGCGAGCUGCCAAGCUUACAAAAUCUAAACAAGAAAUACAUGAAGAAGGUCUUAUAGACGUCAGCACCAGUAGUAGUAGUAGUAUUGGCCUAACCAAGCUGCGAGCGCUUCCAACUUGACGUGGAGCGGAGCGUGUCAGUUAAACUAGUCAAAUUGGGCAAACGCUUGGGCUUCGGCCUUAACAUAUAUAAUAUAUAUAUAUAUAAAUACUGUCCAGCGGUAGAGCCGUCACAGCCUUUAAGCGUUUGCUUCUGAUUCCAUUACGAUUACAAAAGAAAAACCGUAAACAUUCAUAUUACGCUCGUGUUGAUUUUUAAAUAUUACUUUCCGCAUGUAUUUUUUGUUACCUUUAUCGGACAAUGCUUUAAUACACACAAAUUAUUAGCGUGUUAUAAAAUAUAUUGCUCAUAAUAUAUUUAUGUUAAUUUAGUUUUGUGUUAUUAUUAAUUUAUGAUUAUGUUCUUAUGAUUUGUUGUGGUGUUAUUUGCUCGAACGCUAACUAGACAUUAUCUACCUACAUAUGAUAGCUCAAUUAUCUUCCAAAUAACCGUAGCAUAGAUAUACAUAUCGAGAUUGGAAACAUAGCAUUAAGCAACAAAUGUAUGGCAAUAAAUUAUAUUAAAGUUGUAGACAUUUUAAA